CCUUGGUGGGGGUCAAGAACAUGACGAGAGAGAAUCUGAGAAAAGACAAGGACUGACGAGUUGGGAAAUAAGGGGAUGUGUGGUCUGAGAUUGAAGAGAUCCAUACAUCCAAACUACGAAUAACCUCCUCUCUUUUGUUUGUUUCUAUUCUGAGAAUCUUCCUAGGGUUUCUAAAAGUUUUCAAACUUUUUAACACUAUGAUAUAUAGCUGGGUUUAAUCUCGCCGGGGUCUACUUCUUCUGAUCGCUUCUCUAGGAAAUUUCUAUCGAGAGUUCUUCCGGGUUUUGGUGAUCUGUUCCUUUUGUAAAUCUUUCCGGGCUUUUGGUGUUUAAUUUUCAAGAAAAGCCUUGACAAAUUAGUUUUUAUCCAGUUUCAUUUCGAUUCUGGGUCCUCACAGUUUCUGGUUAAGUUGUUGCCGUUCCUGCCUAAUUUUAACUUCAUUACUUCUCGAGCCAAAGCAUAAGCGCGCGUUUUCGGAAAUUUCCCUAGAACUUGAGGAGAUGGUGAGAGGGAAGAUUCAGUUGAAGCGAAUCGAAAACGCGACGAGCAGGCAAGUCACCUUCUCGAAGCGCCGAAAUGGGCUGCUAAAGAAGGCUUACGAGCUCUCAGUUCUUUGCGAGGCCGAAGUCGCCGCGAUCGUCUUUUCACAGAAAGGCAGGCUCUAUGAGUUUUCAAGCUCUGACAUACAAAUGAUUAUAGAGAGAUACCAUAACCGUACAAAAGGUGGGCAACUCAACAACAUUGCAGAGGAACAAUAUAUACAGCAAUUGCGAAGCGAAACUGCCAUCAUGGAAAAGAAGAUUGGACUUCUUGAUGUUUCUCAAAGGCAACUUUUUGGAUAUGGUUUAAGUUUUUGCAAUUCUGAAGAACUUCAAGAGAUGGAGAACCAGCUGGUGCGAAGCUUACAGCGGAUCAGGGAAAGAAAGGCUCGGAUAUUAAUGGAUCACAUAAAGCAUCUAAAGGAAAAGGAGAGACUUAUUUUAGAAGAGAAUGCAAGGAUUAGCGGAAAGGCAUUGCUUAGUCCAUUGCCACCUGAGGAUUACAAGAAUGGGUUGUUGGUGUUAUGAGGUGAUAGGCGCUAUUUCAAUCGAGAAGCUGCACAGAUUAAUGAAAUAAAGUUGGGAUACAUUCUGGACAUUGACCUAUCUCGUCUUGGAGUUACUAAAUAUGGGAACUUCAGCGUUGAAGUAGUAGAUCCAAUUUCUGACUAUUUGGAGACUGGAGGUAGGAAAAAAAUGUAUACAUCUUUUGAUCCUUGAGAUGAAAAUUCAUAUGGGCUCAGAUCAGUAAAAUUUAUGGGCUUUCCAGCUUAUCGAAGUCUUCUUUCAUGAUCAAAUUUCAGGUAUGUUGUCCUCAAUCUAACUGGGUCAUAUAUUCAGUUGGUUCUGUUUGGGGAGUCAGUUACUCUUCAAUUGCUCCUCCCUGUCUUUUAUUGUUUCCUUAACCCGAGAAUUAAGGCUAUCCAUUUGAUCAGCCAGUGAUGGAGAAAGUUGAAGCUUCUGUGGAAACUUAAAGCUAUGUCUGUGUGGUGGCCUUCAAUAAAAUUUGGCAACUGACCUUUUCACUUAUUCAUGCUUUUCGUUAUUCCAUUCCUUUUUAAUUGUUGUUAUGGCCUUCAUCUUUUGUUAUGCCAACGAAAAAACCUUACUUUUCAAUGUAUGGUUUAGCACAAGUUUUCAUAGUUAUAUGAAGGGUACACAAACAUUGAAAGAUGACA